AAUGUUGGCCAUUUUUUGGAACUCUAGCUAAGGUCACACUUGUGUUAUUGUUAUCCGCAAAGUCCAGAAUUUUUAUCAAAAUUUCAAGUUCUUAAAAAAUGAGUAUAAGAAAACAUAGUUAAAUGGGUGUCUGGCUUGAAAGCAACUAAGUCACUUAGUGCAAUAACAACCAAGGACAUUAUUUUGAAUCAAAUUUUAUGUGAACAAAAAACAGACAACCAAAAAAAACCGCGUGAAAAGAUUGCAAAAUUUUUGGAUACUGGAAUUGUAGUGAUAAAAAAGUUGAAAAUUGAUAAGAUCUGAUACUGGAAAUGCUCAGCAUUAUUUAUAAUUGUGGAAGCUGUUGUUUACAAUAGUUUUCUUUGAUUUUGAAUUCAUAUUUAUGUGUACGCACGUUAAAACAACAACAACAACAACAACAAAAAUUGCACAAUUAAAAGAACUUUAGAUGUCGGACUCAAUGUUAGUUUGUGUCAGCGACUAUUGGCAGCGUUGUCACUACCUGAAUCGUCCAGAUCGGGAGGCUGGAGACUCCUGCCGGAACGGGAAAACUCUACGCAGGCUCCUCCUCCAGGUGGACGCCAUUAAUGGCAACUACUAUCUCCGGGAGAUCCUGCAGCAGACCGUCCUGGUCGAUCGAUUGAAGCGCAUUCAUGGCGUCCAGCUGGUUUGGCUCCAGUUCCACCCACCUGAGAGGGACACCAUCGACUACAAGUGGGCGGACAUGCUCGCCCACACCCUGUGGGAGCACAUCGAGGUGGAGCACCUCAUGUCCUGGCUGUCCACCCUGGGCGGUGGAUUUUCAGCUCUUGGCGAGCAGUUUGGCAAAUGUGCGGAGACCGCUGGGAAGAUCUCGCUGCAGCAACUGAAGAUCGGGAUGCGACUGGGCGAUCCAUUUUUGCAGGCCCGGUGCAAGCUCUACUACAGCAUCUCGCUGAUCCAGCGCGGCCACCUCCGCCCCGCCAAGCAUCUCAUCCGGGCGCAGUACUCCUUCGCCAGGCAGCACGUGGAGACGGACGGCCGGCUGGUGAGGAUGUGCCAGGGUAUAUGGUUGAGGCUGCGGUACGAGUACGAGCAGCGCCGUAUCCAGAAGCAGAAGAGGCUGAAGUAAACUUAAGACGGAUCUGAUUUUGAAGACUUAAUGGGGCAAAGGAUCUAAGAUGGAUCUAAGAACAAUUAUAAAUGAUAUUGAUAUUGGUCAGCUGGCGACGUUCCUUUCUGUGUUUAAUUCCAACUCUAAGUUGUAUAAGCAAAAAAUAAUUGUAUUCAAUAUAUUUAUUUAAUAAUUGUAAUUGUAUAUACGUAAAAAAUGCAUUUACAUUA